AUGGGAACACAUUCCCGGACGUCACUUUUCGAAACGAGCGUCCGGAACCUUUUUGUUUACUUCGUUCGAGAUCCGGCGGCUCGCAAUACGGUACUGUCGUUUGACAAUUUUCGAGAGGAGUCCAUUGAAGGCAUUCAAUGUACGGAAGAAACGCUGUUGGACCGGAUUGGGAAUUUUUCCAGUGGCAAUUUCGGUACCAUUUUAAAGGAUGGGCAAGGAGGAUUUCAAUUGCAAUUUGCUGCUUUGGAACCCAUUCCGUACUUUGCCGCCUGGGAUCCGUCCGAUCGAGAGACGGUACAAAAUGCCGACAAGGUUCAGGCCAUCAUUCAUCGAAUGAUGCGGGGAUACAACUUUAUGAUUGUGGUGGAACGCAUGGAGGAAUCUCUGGUGGCGUUGGCCCUCUUGUUGGAUCCCUAG